AUGGCUUCUUUCAAGACUGCGGUCCUCGCUUCUCUCGCCGGCACCGCUGCUGCCCGCUCGGUGCCCGCCAACGUCCAGAGUCUCUACAACUCCAUCGUUUCCCAGGGCUCUUGCAGAAGCCCCCUUGCCACCGGUUUUUACAGCUCGGAUGGUGAUGGUGGAAGCACCUCUUAUUGUGGUGACCAUCUUGCCGACUAUGGUAUCGUCUACCUCCAGGGUACCAACGGCAGACUCGCCAACAUGGAUAUCGACUGUGACGGUAUCCAGAACGGCCCUGCUGAUGAUGGCCGCUGCGGCUCUUCCGGUGAUACCCAGAGUGUCACUUCUUUCUCUGACACUGUCCGAGGCUAUGGCACCGGCCAGAAGGAUCUUGACGCCAAUGCUCACCCCUAUGUUGUCUUCGGUAACGACGGCGGCCGAGGCUGGAACGUGUGGGAUCCCCAAUCCGUUGGCAUUGAGCCUCUCUCUGUCAUGGCUGUUGUCUGCAACAAUAAGCUGAUCUAUGGUGUUUGGGGUGAUACCAACGGCGAUGAUGGUCGCUACCCCGUCGUCGGUGAGGCCUCCAUCUCUCUCGCUACCGCCUGCUUCGGCACUGGCGUGAACGGCAACAGCGGCCACGACGAGACUGAUGUUCUCUACAUCGCUUUCACUGGCUCCAGCGCCGUCCCCGGUGCCCGCGGUGCCCAGUGGAACGCUCAGGACUACAACACCUUUGAGAACAGCAUCACCGCCCUGGGUGACAGCCUCGUCGCCCGUAUUGGCACCACUGGUGGCGGCGAUCCCGGAAAUGGCGGCGGCAGCACCCCCCCUCCUUCUGGCGGCAACUGCUCAUGGCAGGGCCACUGCUCCGGCGCUCCUUGCGGCAGUGAUGACGACUGCUCUGACGAUCUUACUUGCUCUAACGGUUACUGCGGAGGCAGCCCCAGCGGUGGAAACGGAGGUAACGGCGGUGGCAGCACUCCUCCUCCUUCCGGCGGCAACUGCUCAUGGCAGGGACAUUGCGCUGGCGCUUCUUGCGGCAGUGACGACGAUUGUUCUGAUGAUCUUACUUGCUCCAACGGCUACUGCGGUGGUAAUCCAAGCGGUGGAAACGGCGGCAACGGAGGCAACGGUGGUGGCAGCACGCCACCCCCUUCUGGAGGCAACUGCUCAUGGCAAGGCCACUGCGCUGGCGCUUCUUGCGGCAGCGAUGACGACUGUUCAGACGAGCUCGCGUGCACCAAUGGCUUCUGCGGUGGCAGCCCCAGCGGUGGAAAUGGUGGCAACGGCGGUAACGGUGGCAGCAACAACUGCUCUUGGCCUGGUCACUGCUCUGGCGCUUCUUGCCGCAGCGACGAUGACUGCUCUGACGACCUUGAGUGCCUCAGCGGCCGAUGCUCCUAA